AUGACUUAUACUAAACCAUAUCUAGAGCUGCGAGAACGGUUAUCUCAAAUCUGGAUUAAUCGCUACACAUUGCUUUUACUUCUGUGUCUUGUAAAGCUGCUGUUGUUUGCGAAGAGCCUUCAUAAUUCGUUAAAUCAGUCUGAAGAAUAUAUACUAGAUCAUUGUUUCACAAUUGACCAUUAUUACAACACGUUGAGGAAUGGUACCCCUCAUUAUAUGGGCAAGAUAGGGAACUACUUAAUCACAAAGUCACUGGAGGGAUCGGUAGAUGGCCUAUUGGCAUUGUUAUCCCUACUAGUUUUAGCUAGUGAGGCGAUCAUUGUCUUCAUGAUUGAGCUAUGGCUAGGAACUUAUGCAUGUUUACUUGUGAGCGCUGUCCAUGGUGCUGUCGACGUGGCUACGAAUGCUACGGAAAAAAUACUGGGGGUGGUUAAUUCCACAGUGAUCCAUGCUGCUAAUGACCUAGAUAAUGGAUUAGAUGGGCUUUCAAAAAUAAUUAACAAGGUUCUGAAGGCUACAACAAAGAUAGGGGCACUAGUCACCGAUAGUGACGAUGAUGAUGACGGCGGUAAUGCUGCGGAUCAUAUUAAAAAAGUUAAUUUAACUAUAGCAGGAUUGAGGAACUUACAAAUACCGUCAUCAGUUAAUGACAAGUUACAGUCGUUAUCUGGAAAGACACCUGAUUUCGAAACACUGAAGAAUAAAACCAAACAAUUGGUUUCUGUCCCAUUUAAGACGAUUAGGACGGAAAUUAAAAAUGUUAACACUACGGGCAUGCUUAAGAACAAAGAACUAGUUUCGAUACCGCCUAUAAAUAUUGAUGAUAGUAGCGGUGGUAUCUGCAGUGCCCAUCAACCAGAUAUCGAAAAAUUGUACGCAGUAUUUAACGAUGUGCUCAAGUAUACAUUGAUCGUAUUUAUCGUUGUAUUGGUAAUUGGCGCCCUGAUUGUUCUAGUGCCUGCAGCCUGGCAAGAAUACAGGCAAUGGAGCAGACUUGCAGAGAUGCGGGAAAGAGCCGAAGUGACAGAGAAAUUUAGACAUCGUAAUCCAUUUGAGGGCAGCGAUGACGACAGUUCAGAUAGUACUCUACCAGAGGGUAGAGAUGUGAUUGAAUGUUACCAGGGAGUCUUCCAUAGAAUCCCGACAGUGAUUGGUGAAUGGAUCGGAAAGACUGUAGGGAGAACUCCCAGACAAAAAAAAGAAGUCCAGUGGUUCAUGGCAUAUAUCAUGUCUCCAAGAGCAUUGAUAGUAUUUGCAAUUGCGAUGGCAGGUAUUCUAGUUUGCGUUUGCCAGCUCCUUAUGAUCCACGCAAUUUCACGAAAACUUCACAGUGACAGCACUAAACAGAUGCUUUCAAAUAUGCAGUCAGACACUCAUGAAUAUGUAUCGCGAGACAUGUCAAAAUGGGUAAGCAGCACAAAUGACUACAUAAACGGAACAGAAAACUCAAUUAACGAUGAGAUGUUCGGUUGGAUCAGCUCGGCAACAACCUCUGUAAACUCAACAGUAAACACCAUUUUAGAAGACAUUGAUAGCACUGUGUCCAGCGCCUUCAACGGAACCAUACUAUACAAGCCAAUGAAUGCAGUAGUGGCGUGUGUAAUUGGAAAUAAACUACGUGCCUUGGAGAAAGCCUUAACAUGGGUGCAUGACAAAGCACAUGUGUCGUUGCCACGUAUAAAUGGAGAUGAGCUUAAUUCGGCAGUCACCGACGUGUCCUUGUCGCCAGACCCUGAUUCCGAUACUCACGUCAAAGUCUACUCUAGAGUGAAUAACAAUAAAUCCAAAUUGGAAACUUCGCUGGCUAAAUUCACAGUAACCCUAUCCCACUCUAUUGAAACAAUCCUGGAACAAUACAAAAACUUGGUUAAAACUGAGCUCUUCAUCGCACUAGCAAUUCUAGGUGUAUGGCUUAUUCAAACCCCAAUUGCGGCUUGCAUCCUAUAUUACAAACGACUCCAUACAUUCCCCACAUCGCCUGCCUCAUCAUAUUAUCCUCAUCGCUUUUGUCACGAUCAUCACCAACCUGUUACGUUUUCAGGAACCUAA